CCACCAUACCACACAGACACACUCCAAGCUACCAUGAGUGGCGCCAGCAGCACAGAACUGGACGGCGAUGAUGCGGAGUUGGCAGACAUGGUGGCUGCCAUCAACGUGUCCUCCAACCGCAUUACACCGCCCAACGGCCACCGCGUGGCGCCAGGAAAGAAGCACCGACUCACCAUGUCGGACAGGAAGCUCUCCCUCCAGGAGCGGAGCACCUACCAGGGCGGAGGGAGGAUGGCACGCAGGCCCACCAUCGAGUCCAAACGCGUGUCCAUCUCAGAUGGAGAGGACUGUGUACAACUCAACCAGUACAAGUUGAAAGAUGAGAUUGGAAAGGGUUCCUAUGGUGUUGUUAAGCUGGCCUACAAUCAAGAUGAUGAACAGUAUUAUGCAAUGAAAGUGGUUUCCAAAAAGAAGUUGUUGAAGCAGUAUGGAUUUCCACGACGUCCUCAACCACGAGGGCCGCAUGAGAAGCAGUCAAAGGUUUUUGGUCCGCUCGACCGACUCUACCAGGAAAUCGCCAUCCUGAAGAAAUUAGAUCACCUGAACAUCGUCAAAUUAGUAGAGGUGCUUGAUGAUCCGGCUGAAGACAAUCUGCACAUGGCCUUUGAGUUAGUGAAGCGUGGCCCGGUGAUGGAGGUUCCCACAGACACCCCUUUCACUGAGGAGCAGUGUCGUUACUACUUCAGAGACAUUGUCCUCGGAAUUGAAUAUUUGCACUACCAGAAGAUCAUCCACAGAGACAUCAAGCCCUCAAACCUGCUCCUCGGGGAUGACGGCCACGUCAAAAUCGCCGACUUCGGCGUUAGCAACCAGUUUGAGGGGAACGAUGCCCUCCUGUCCAGCACGGCAGGAACCCCGGCCUUUAUGGCCCCAGAGACUCUCAUUGACCAUGAAGAGAGCUUCAGUGGCAAGGCUUUGGAUGUGUGGGCAAUGGGUGUGACGUUAUACUGUUUCGCCUUUGGAAAGUGCCCUUUCAUCGACGAGUACAUCCUCACGCUGCACACCAAGAUCAAGAGCAGCCCUGUGGAGUUUCCUGACACGGCUAUCAUCAGUGAAGGUUUGCAAGAUCUUAUCCUUUGCAUGUUGGACAAAAAUCCUGAAACAAGAAUCACCAUUCCAAGGGUCAAGGUGCACCCGUGGCUGACGCUCUGCGGCACGGAGCCCCUGCCUCUGGAGGAGGAGCACUGCACUGUGAUAGAGGUCACUGAGGAGGAGGUGCAGAACUCCGUCAAGCUCAUCCCCAGCCUCUCCACUGUGAUUCUGGUGAAGUCUAUGCUGAGGAAGCGUUCCUUUAGCAACCCCUUCGACCCCUUUCCUGGCAGGAGACAAAGCCGAUCUAUGUCCGCUCCAGGACAUCUGCUGUCGGAGAUGUUCAAGGCAGGCAUAAGGACUCCAUUGGCAAGGUACAGCAGCACAGGAAGCCGGGAGGGGGAGCUGGAGGAUGUGACCGAGGAUGAUGCGUUCUUCUGAUCAUGACGACAGGCGAGACCGCUGUGGAAGCUCUUGAUACAGACACCUCUUACUGAUGUGGAAGUUCUUGAUAGAGGGAUGGUCAUUUCAAUUUGUUACGGUGGUCAUAGCACAACAGAGCUUUUGGAAGGGGAUAAAAACAACUGAGAAAUGUUCAUGAAUACACAGCUGUACAAAACAGAGCCUUUUUUUGCCCCGCAUCAUUCUCUUGGUUCUGUUAUAGAUAUACUUAAAUGUUACUGUGAGCAUUUCCCUCAGCCCUGUCACUUAUGCUACUUAGCUACCUGAGCCAGGUACUUGAGAAAUGAAUGCGAUAUUUAUGGACUAUUAUUUUUUGCACUCAGUCAUCCCAUUUCCACUGGUAUUCGGACAUGUAGUUGACUCCGUUCAUCGGAAUUAGUUUGUUACAGAGUAAGUCAUUGGGGUGUAGUCCUGGAUCUUGUGUUUCUGAGGGAUAGACAAGUGAUGUGAUAUGUUGCAGUCAUGAAGAAAUAUCUGAUCAAGACAGUUUGAGGUUACUAAGAAGUUUUGUUUUCUGAAGAAUUUGGAUGAUGAACAUUCCCUACACAAUACAUAUUGUGAUGUUACUAUAUGUUAAUUACAGAGACAGACAGCAAGGUUUCCAUAACAAAGAGGAUAGGUUGUGUUAAACAACUGUUUUUUAUGUGCCAUAAAGAAUGUAGCACUCACUUUUUGGAAGUGUGUGGUGUACUAGUUAGCCAUUUUUACAAUAAUUAUACAUAUUGUUUGAAUUAUUCAACCUUUAUAAUUGAUUUCACUGCUGACUUUUGUCCGCAUAGUACAUUAUACAGUAAUGAAUUGGGAUGGACAGCAUGUGACACCGGGGCUUAUUUCUCUCUCUUUUGCAAAUUGUUUAUUAUAUUGUCUUUAAAACUAAAUCUAUUUCAACUUCAGUUAUGACUUCCAACUAUUAUGGAAAGAUUAUUUUUCAGCAUUCCGUUUUGCAAUGAUCCUCUCCUUUUGUCUUGCUUUACAGUGGUAACUGUUGUAUAAAUAAUAGUUUUUCUACAUUCAUUGUUUUACCUGGAGCUAAAUUAUAUUUAACAGUCAAUUAAAUCCACUGUUAAAAAAUAUAUUUUUUGAAUGUUUAAAA